AUGAUUGACUUUGAAGAACCUAAUAUAAGUCAGUUCGACGACUUUACUAGUUGUCAGUUAUACAAUAGUGAAGAAAUUUUAUUUAAUCUAGUCGACCCUAAUGAAAUAAUGCCUGCUACGGAAAAAUUAAGUAAAACGUAA